AUGCUACCCGUUGCACUCGCCACCGUUGCCUUCACCGAUCACGCGCCCAUCCCGCUCUGGCCGGGUGUGCCGCCAGGCGAGCGCACUGGUGCGACAGGGCACGAGACGGAAGGGUGCGAGACUCCCGGCGUCCCAGUCGCAAGAUGUGUCGACCGAUCCAUCUCCAACGUGACAGUGCCCACCCUGACGCCGUACCUAGUCGCGGGCGCCACCUCGGCAGUCGUGAUCGCGCCGGGCGGAGCCUACAAGUUCCUCAGCUGGGACCGCGAAGGGACCGACAUCGCUGCGUGGCUCAACUCGGUCGGCGUCUCCGCCUUCCUGCUGCGCUACCGCGUGCCCGGCCGCGCGUGGCUUCCGUUUGGGUCGGCGCCGCUGAUGGACGCUCAGCGUGCAGUCGGCCUCGUGCGGGAGUGGGCCGCCGACGGGCGAGCGCCCGGCCUCAACGGGUCACGCGUGGGCGUCAUCGGCUUCUCCGCGGGCGCCCACCUCGCAGGACACCUUUCUGUCGCGUGGCGCAGCCGCAGCUACCCGCGCGUCGACGAGGCCGACGCUCGGCCCUGCCGCCCCGAUUUUGUCCUCAUGAUUUACCCGUGGGAGAGCGUCACCGAGCCGCCCGUCAGCGCCGGCCCCGACGCCGCCUCGGCGCUGAACGUCACCAGCCGCAACCCGCCAACCUUCCUGACGCAGACCGAGGACGACGCCGCUCAUGUCGAGAACAGCCUCUACUUCUACCUCGCGCUCAAGAAGGCCGGCGCCGCGCCGUCCGAGCUGCACGUCUACCCAGAGGGCGGCCACGGGUACGGCCGCUGCACGAAGCCGACCGUGCCAAAGGGGCUCGCGGUCUGCAGCUGGCCUCACCGCGCAGCGCGCUUCCUCCAGACGCUCGGGGUGUUGCCACUGUUGUGA